CGAGGCUCGAGAAGUACCCGAAGCCAAGAACUUGAUGGAAUUCGUCGUCGGGUGCUGAGUACCAAUUUAAUCGUUCUUAAGCCAAGACCGGUGAAACUGGUCACCCUCUUUGUCGUUCUUGUCAUUGAGCUGUGAUCGUAAUGUGCGGUGGUGUGAAAUGUGCUGUGAUCUUUCUUGCAGUUUUACAGAUUUGCGCUGGCCAAAAACGGCCACCCAAGGCUGACUCGAAACUCUUAGAUUCAUACAUACCCGCGGCAAUGCAAGUCCUAGCUCACUUGACCGAGCUGAUGAAAUACGACCUGAAGCCAAGCAGCAGUUCUCCAGAAAGUCAAAACGUCGGCCUCCAGAAUUUGCAUCCUACCCCACCCCAUAAGCCUGCUAUAUAUGCGCCGUUUCCAGCGCCUGCUAGGCACUUUUUCAAACGAGAUACUAGCGGCAUUUUCGGUAGAGACCUGGAUCUGACCGGGGAUUUCGACUACUUAGAGCUGGACAAAUUCUUCAGAUCCACACCCUUCGCUGAAAACUUCUUCUUCGAUACUCUAGAUCCCACUUUAGAUUUGGUUGAUGACUUAAAGGUAAACAACGGAUCUUCCAGCAAGAUCGAACAGUACCUUGGGAAGAACUUUGCCGAUGUUUGGAAAUUGGCUAAUAAACCAGAACCAGAUGGUGUUGUGUACAACGUCAAUGCACAAGUUUUUGAGUUUCUGAGGGAGUAUGAUGAAUGGAGUUUAAGGAAGAAACAGACUCCACCAACAAAAGCCUACGUGACGUUGCUAUCUUUAUAUGACCUCCUCAAUAAGGACUCCAAAAAGUUAGGCCUCAAUAAAUAUCAGGGCUACCAUGAUCGAGUUUUAAAAGACUUGUCAGAUUCUUCUUCAAGAACGUCAGCCUACCAGCUGAAACGUGUACUCAGCAAAGUUCUGGAGAGACGUGACACUAAACGUGAAGAUAUUAUGAAGAAAAUGAUGAUGAUUAUAUCUGAUUUGGACGAACACAACAGUUACCUUAAUAUGGCCUUAAAGUAUAUACCUCCAUUAGCAUUUGCGCUUUAGAUUAAAGAAACUUGUAAAUAUUACGUGGAUGUAAACAAACGGUGGAAAUACAUGUGCAAAUAAAGGGUAACUAUGAAAGAAGCUUUUUGCUAGUCGCUUUCAAUAUGUAACAAGGUAUAAGGAUAAUUUACUUUCGACCUUUUCCUGAAUAGCCUUUAAAUAUUUGCAAAUAAUAGUGCAUUCAUAAUUUUUAUCUGCAGCAGUUUGAUCUUCAAGACACAAUCCUGACGAGUCCUUAGUCUUUGAUUGAACGUAAAUCAAGGAUCAAGACUGUUACUUUAUUUUAUAUAUUUUUUGUUCUCGUUGUUCUGUUCCAUCUAGUAUGCACAUGCACAAAACAAACUUGAACUAGAGAUUUUUAACCUAUCAUAUACCUGGCUAAUGUAAUGAACAACUCACCUCAGGACUUGAUGAAUCUCAGUGGCCGAGCACAUCUUACCAACAUUUUACCUUUCAUCCCCCAAAUUAUUAU